AAGGGUGAGUUGGUGGGUCUUCUUCUUAGCUAUCGCUGUUCCCAACUUCUUCACAUUCAUUAUUUCAAAACACACACACAUACACACACUCAUCUCGUGAUUCAACAUUUACACUUUCAAAACACCAAACCCUAGAUUACCAUCUUACACUUUACCAAUGCAUCAUCUUCAAAUCAACCAACAACAACCUGUGAUCUGAGUCUGCGAUUUACUUAAACCACUACUAUUUUUUCAUUUACGGUGGGUAGUUGUUGUUGUUGAUAUCUUUUUGUUGUUUGAGAAGUUGUAUUUCGAUUAUAUGGUAAAAUGGAAGCUGAGAAGAGAAGUUCGAAGGGAGGGUUUCUUCAGUUGUUUGACUGGAAUGUCAAAUCUCGGAAGAAACUCUUCUCGAAUAAACCAGAUGUACCAGAAAGUUCCAAACACGGAAAAGAGAAUGUACACAAUCUGGCUAUAUCUAGGCUUCAGCAGAUGAGGUUAGACGAGAGUAUACAUGGUCCAAGUCUGACUGGAAACGAUUGGGCUUCUUCGACGAGUAACGAUGAAGGAACUGGAAGCAAAGCCCCUGGUGUGGUGGCUAGACUUAUGGGAUUAGAUUCUUUACCGACUUUAGAUGCUUCCGAUCCCGGUUUUACGCCACAUAUUUACCCUCACUCAGUCAGACAUUCUGUUGAAGACUACGGUAUGCGAAACAAGCUUGAUGGUUUUUCAAAGAACCCAUUUGAAGAAAGAUUACAGAAGUUUCAGAACCGCGCGAUUGAGAAAUUUCAAGCCGAGGUGUUACCUCCGAAAUCUGCUAAGUCUGUGCCUAGUACUCACCACAGAAUGUUAUCUCCGAUUAAGAGUCCAGGGUUCGUUCUUACGAGAAAUGCGGCUUCAGUUAUGGAGGAAGCUUCCAAGAUUAUCGAACAAAGUCAACAGUCAACGCUUACUAGAAGAUUACCGUCCUCCGGGUCUUCUUCGGUUCCCCUUAGAAUUCGUGAUCUAAAAGAGAAAUUGGAAGAAGCUGAUCACAGACCGAAAACUUAUAGCCCUGUCAAUUCCACCAAGCGGCCAUGUCGGACCGAAAUCGUGGUUUUAAAGCAUGGUACUGCCGGAAGUUUGAAGAACACGAAUAAAUCUGUUACUCCGGGAAAAACAAAUAAUCAGAUAUUAGUGGGGUCCACUUCAAGAAAUAGCAGUAGUACUAUGAAGCAAAAAGAUUGUGUUAAUAAGCCGGUCCAGCUGGAUAAAAAACAAAGAAAUACGCCUAAAAGGGUGCAAAGUAGAUCAACAACAGGAAAAACCCCGGAGGUACUCAAACAAAACAAUCAAAAGCAAAACACGGCAUCUCGUAAAGAUCGCACAAAUUUAAAACCUAGGGUUCCGUACCAGGAUGGCCGGAAAACAACUGCCACAAGUGGUUUUUGUAAGGAAGUCAAGACGUUGAAGAAGGCUGUUGAAAACUCACCCCGAAAAGCUCGGUUAGUGACACCGGAAUCAUUGUCUACAACAAAAAAAUUAUCUGGGAAAAGACCAAGUGAUGGGGAUAUUAUGACGGAUGGAAGUGCGACUAAUAGUAUUAUGAUUAAGGAAAAAGAAAGGUCUGUGAAAUGUAAUAUAACGAUAGACGGAUCUUCGAACUGGGACAGGAAAAUUGGGAUGGAUGUUGUAUCGUUUACGUUUACGUCACCUAUUAAGAAAUCGGGGUCGGAAUCGGAGUCUUGUGGUCAAUUGUCAAUGAAGAGUCGAUGCCUGUUUCAGGAGGAUACGGAGACUGCACCUGCGAUUGAUGGUGAUGCUUUGAGUGUUCUGUUGGAACAGAAACUAAAGGAAAUUUCUUCUUUACUUGAAACAUCCCAAUGUGACACGGUCAAAGGAGGUUCUGAUAUCUCUUCGGUUGAUCAGACGACACUGGUGAAUGCUAGAAUGGAUUGGCAGGGGGUUGAAGUGACAGAAUGCAGUGAAAACUAUGAAAGUGGAUUUAAUGACGAGCACCAACAUGAACAUCCUUGCACAGGUCCAAGCCCGGAACCCUCUUUGUCAGAUGAUAGUUGCAUCACAUCCAACAGCACAACAACCUUAACCAGCAACGGAAACACGCAGUAUAUGUCUGCUGCAAGAAACAUGGAACUAUGGGCAGAGGAGAUAGAAUUGCAAGAUUCCGCCACAUCGUUUCCGAGCUCGAUAUUUGAUUUCACAUUCAUGGCAAGAUGGUCAACACAACGGGAGCUGGAAUACAUCAAAGAAAUGAUUAACUCCACAGAGUUUGUGCUAGACGAUCUUGCUUUUGACCCGACGCAAAAGGUUAUAAGUACGGAUCUAUUCAACCAGCUGGAGAAUCAGCACAAAAACAUAGGCCCAUUGUCGAAGCAACAAAGGAAGGCAUUGUUCGACUGUGUGAGCGUGUGUUUGGAAGAUAGGCGUGAACGCGGGCUGAGCGGAGGCUAUGAAGAAUGGUCAAAAUGGUCAACGGUGUUCCAAAAGAAGGAUUUGUUGGCAGAUGAAAUACAGAAACAGAUACGUGGUUGGAGAAGCAUGGAAGAGUUGAUGGUGGACGAGGUGGUGGAGACGGACAUGAGUAGUGGAGACGGGAAAUGGUUGAAUUUUAAAGCCGAAGGUUUAGAAGAAGGCGCGGUGAUUGGAAUCGACAUCUUAACUGUGCUAAUUGAUGAAAUAGUGGUUGAUUUUUUGUCAUGCUAAAAGUGUUGGUAUUAUUUAAACUAAGAGGAAGAAACAAUGAACUUGACCCUCCUGUUUUAUUAACUUACCGUACAAUGUACAACUUCCAAUGCAUGUGGUACAACUUGAUCACUGGUCUCCACCAGUUGAAUUAUUUUCCAACCAUCAUAUAAAGCUUAA